AUGGAUCCCAAAACCGACAAGGUGGCGGGGCUGUUGGAGAAGAUGAAGCUGACGGAUUCGGAGAAGAGAAGCAUCAAAAUUGGUGGUACAUCAGGGGGUUCGAUCUCAAGGAAGGAUCCCCAAGUGGUGAGGAAGGUACUGGUUGAUAAACCAGUUAGGGCUGAAGCCCUGGUGGCAGCACUGGGCAAGAUCUGGUGUCCCCUAAAGGGAAUCUAA